CUGUUAUUUCUGUCAUUAGCGUCCAUUCACACACAUUUCUAGUCUAGUGAAACACUCGCGCGCAGGAGCUUGUCUCGUGCUUUCCAAUAUCUUUCAUCUGCCAGAGUAAAAAGAGCGCAAUGACUGGCCAUCACUGGGGAUAUGAUGACGUCAAUGGUCCAGCAGUGUGGCACAAAGCCUAUCCCAUUGCCCAGGGGAACCGACAAUCACCUAUUGAUAUUGUUCCUGGCAGUGCAGUUUAUGAUGCUACACUGUCACCCAUCUCACUGUUUUAUGACAACUGCACUUCAAUCAACAUUUCAAAUAAUGGCCAUUCUGUGGUAGUGGAGUUUAUUGACGUAGAUGACAGAUCAGUAAUCCAGGGAGGUCCUCUUGUCAACAUGUACCGACUUAAACAAUUUCAUUUCCACUGGGGUGGCAAGGAUUGUGGUGGCUCUGAGCAUACAGUUAGUGGGAAAAUCUAUCCUUCAGAGCUCCAUCUGGUUCAUUGGAAUGCGGUGAAGUACAAGACCUUUGGUGAGGCUGCCCAAGCGCCUGAUGGUCUGGCUGUACUUGGUAUCUUUCUGGAUUUAGGUGCUGAGCACAAAGGUCUUCAUCAAAUAACAGAUGCAAUGUAUAUGGUGAAAUUCAAGGACACUGUUGCUGAUUUUAAGAACUUUAACCCAAAGUGUCUCCUGCCUCUCAGAUUGGAUUACUGGACAUACCCAGGGUCUCUCACCACUCCCCCAUUACUUGAGAGCGUUACAUGGAUCGUUCUUAAAGACCCUAUUUUUGUGUCAGAGAAACAGAUGGGAAAGUUCCGGACACUGAGUUUCAACAGCGAGGAUGAGGAGAAUCGAAAGCGCAUGGAGAACAACUUUCGGCCACCACAGCCACUUAAAGGCAGGACAGUAAGGGCCUCUUUUAAGUAAGCCCCAAUCCACUAUUUUCAGAAACUGUUCUAAAGUCAGCUCUGAGAGAUUGAUGGAUGGAUCAAACUAUAAAAUUACUGUUCCUCCUUGAAUGUGCAUAUCAAACAUCAUUACGUAUACUUUAACACUUACGACAACACUUGGGAAUACAUCAUGACAUCUUUUGUAAAUGUUGUUUUUGUGUAGGUUUUGAUAUCAUUUUUUUCUUUCACAUCUAUAUAUGUUGUAUGUAUUUGUAUGUAGUUGCAUGAAUAAUAACAGUGUGGUUAUGUAAUGUUAUGGGAACUCUUUGUCUAGUGCUUAUAGUUUUGGGUGAUGACCUCAAGCAUGCAGUUUGACUUUGACACUGAGCCGCUUGAAUCUAAAGCUCUACAUGUUUAAAUCUUACCUUGAUCGGGCUUGUGCAAUAGAUACUUGUUGAAGAUGUCUGUGGAUCCUUUGGAAGCACAAAUAUCAGACUAUAAUUUGGUCAAAUUAGUCGACUGCUGUCUGGAUGCUCGCAGCUGUAGGAAAGUGUUAGAAAUCCAGCAGUCUGAAAUGUAACCUGUUAAUUUCAAGGCUUUUAAUAACUUCUUUGAUAGGGUAUGUGUUCUUCUUCUUCUUUGAACAGAUGUCUCUUCUUGAAACAAAGCCCUAACAAUUGCAGAAUUGCAUAUUAACACUUUGAAACUUGUAUGAAUGCACUGUGAUGUGUCACUAAUAUGAAUAGAUAGUAUUAGUUAUCUUCCCUGACAGAUGCAUGUUGGUUUAGUUGGACUAUAUCCAUGACUAAAAUCACUUUAGUGACUAAAGUAAUGCUCUGUUUCAGCGAAGCAUUACAAAGUAAAAGAGGAUAUUGCGUGAGGUUGAAAUAAUUUAUGGAUUACACUUAGUAAUUGUAAAAAAUAGUGAAUCUUGCAUUGUAAGGAAACUCUGGUUCUUCAUUCACUUUUUGGUGAUGGAAGAAUUCAACUAUUUUAUAUUUGAAUAUUUUUUUAUGUCAAAAUAUUUACAAAAUAAAAUUAUUUUGAUCUAUUU